CCCGCCCCGAGUGCCGCGGCGGAGCGGCUGGGCUCGGCUCGGCUCGGCUCGGCUCGGCUCUGCCCUGCCCGUCCCGGCUCUGCCCGUCCCGUCCCGUUCCGUCCCGGCUCGGCUCGGCUCGGCUCGGCACGCAGCAUGGAGAGGAUGAGGCUGUGGCGGAUGUUAUUCUUUUCGGCAGUGGUUCUGACGCUGCUGAUGGUGUUGGUGACCGGUGACUUCUGCGAUGUGAACCACUGUCAGAAUGGGGGCACCUGCCUGACUGGGAUUAAUGAGACCCCCUUCUUCUGCAUCUGCCCCGAGGGCUACGUUGGGAUUGACUGCAAUGAGACGGAGAAAGGUCCCUGCCACCCCAAUCCUUGCCACAACAAUGGCGAAUGUCAUCUGGUCCCAAACCGAGGAGACGUCUUCAGUGACUACAUCUGCAAGUGCCCCGCGGGGUAUGAUGGUGUGCACUGCCAGAACAGACUGGCUUUGGAGUCACCUGAGCUCCUCCACUCUCUCCUAGACAAGAACGAGUGCUCAUCCCAGCCUUGCAAAAAUGGAGGCACCUGCCUGGACCUGGAUGGCGACUACACCUGCAAGUGUCCAUCUCCAUUCUUGGGGAAGACCUGCAGCAGCCGCUGUGCUGUUCUCCUGGGCAUGGAAGGAGGAGCCAUCUCUGAUGCCCAGCUCUCUGCAUCCUCUGUGUACUAUGGCUUCCUUGGCCUCCAGCGCUGGGGGCCAGAGCUCGCCCGCCUCAACAACCACGGCAUCGUCAACGCCUGGACCUCCAGCAACUAUGACAAGAGCCCCUGGAUCCAGGCCAACCUGCUGCGGAAGAUGCGCUUGAGCGGGCUCAUCACGCAGGGCGCCCGGCGCGUGGGCCAGCAGGAGUACGUCCGGGCCUACAAGGUGGCCUACAGCCUGGACGGGCGGGAGUUCACCUUCGUCAAGGAUGAGAAGCAGGACGCAGACAAGGUCUUCGAGGGGAACGUGGACCACGGCACCAUGCAGACCAACAUGUUCAGCCCUCUCAUCACUGCCCAGUUCAUCCGCAUCUACCCGGUGAUGUGCCGCCGUGCCUGCACGCUGCGCUUUGAGCUCAUCGGCUGCGAGAUGAACGUUUAUUUCAACACGGCAGGUUGCUCGGAGCCUCUGGGCAUGAAAUCCCGCCUGAUCUCCGACCAGCAGAUCACAGCAUCCAGCGUCUUCAAGACGUGGGGCAUCGACGCCUUCACCUGGCACCCCCAUUACGCUCGCCUGGACAAGACGGGCAAAACCAACGCCUGGACGGCGCUUCACAAUGGCCCCGACGAGUGGCUGCAGAUUGACCUCCGGGACCAGAAGAAGGUGACGGGUGUCAUCACACAAGGAGCCCGUGACUUUGGGCACAUCCAAUACGUGGCAGCCUACAAGGUGGCCUACAGUGACAACGGCACGAGCUGGACCCUGUACCGGGACGGGCAGACAAACAGCACCAAGAUCUUCCAUGGUAACAGUGACAACUACUCACACAAGAAGAACGUGUUUGACGUGCCGUUCUACGCCCGCUUCGUCCGCAUCCUGCCCGUGGCCUGGCACAACCGCAUCACCCUGCGCGUGGAGCUGCUGGGCUGCGACGAGUAGGCCCCAUGGGGAGGAAGGACGGGGCUGCUCUUCCCCACUACCCAGCCUGCGCCCUGCCUGCCCCUGCCUGCUCCUGCUCCAACCUCACACCCCCUCUACGUGUCCCCAACCUCGCGAGGCCGCCGGGAGGGCUCUCCUGCCCUGCGUUGGUGCUGGGGCCGCAGCACUGCACUUUAUGGCGCCCUUGCAGAUGGGAUCUGAGGAUGGCUCCUGCCAUUUUGCUCCACUAGCCAGGGGUGAGACCCCCUCCUGCAACUGGGUUGUUUCUGGAGGACCCUCCCCUGCAACUGGGGCUUCCUUGGGGGACCCCAUUCUGAAAAUGGGGCUUUGCUGGGGGACCCUGUCCUGCAAUUGGCGCUCAGCUGGAUCCUCCCAACUAAGCCUGGAGACAAUUUUUUUCCUAUUUGCUUCUGCUUCCAGCUGAGAGGCUGUAGCCGGUGGCAGAACCCUGCCUGCGCUGGAGCUCGGAGCUCAGCAGUUUGGGGGGCUUAGGGCAGGCACCUCGGGCUCAUAGCCUCCAGCGUCUCUCCUGCUACCUACACGCCUGCAAACAGGAGCCCUGAAAAACCUCCUUGACUGUUGUCCCGUGCCUGUUUUGCCAGGCUCUGGGUUUUCUUGCCUGUGUUGUCAGCAUUGCAUAGUGUGAGGGGAGUGAUGAGAAGGCUCCUAUCAAGAGGCACCGGGUUCCCUUUGUUGGUGGCUUUACCAACUGGGUGCUUCUGGCAGCCGCCGUGACAGUGUUUUGGCAGCUGAUGCCCAUUCCCCAUCCUGGGGUGCUGGCUCCAGCGUCCUCUAAGGCUCAACACUUCUGCUGUCCCCACCUUACUGCAGUUUUGAGGUACCUGAAGGUCCCUUGUCCCAAUCUGGUAGUGGGGGAGAGAUGGUUCAUAGCCACAAGCAUGUGCAGAAAAGAUGGGAAAGGUGGUGGCUAAACCACCCAAGUGCAGCAGGCGGAGAGCUUUCUUUGUAACCUGAUUUUUUUCCCUUUCUGUGGGGUGGAGGGGAGCCUCUUGCAAUGCUCGAGCCCUCGGGGCUGGCCGUGGGAGCUGAGCAAGACCCGUUGCUGGCAGGCAGGAGGGUGGGCAGGUGUCCGGGCAGCGGUGCCGGCGGCGACGCUUCCCCUGCCCGGGGGAUGCCAAGUGGCCCCAGGGCUGGGCUGGCAGCGGGCUACUUUGGCAAGUGCUGAGGGAGCCCGGGUGGGAUGGUGGUGGUGGCCCCGCUCCAGGGUCUCUCUGACAGUAUUAAAACCAGCUGAAACCUUGA